GGGAAGAUGGAAUGACGUCUUUCGCUACUUUGUAUUUUAUCAAACAAUCGGCAAGUGCUGGAGUGGUACUUACAGCAUGCGCAAAAGUGGUCAGGUACAGGUCACCUUGCGUUUGCGAGAUAAGCUGCUCAGCAAGCCGCUCAAGAUCACCGUGAAUGUGAACCAGCAGAGUCCGUACACGCCCAACAAGCUGUUCUACACGAUCCCGGGAGUGCCGCUGCUCAGAGACAAUUACGAGGUUCUCCGAACGGAUUAUGACAACUGGACGAUCGAGUACUCGUGCAGAAACAAGCCAUACGGAAGGCACGCGAAGCAGGUGUGGAUCCUCACCCGGUCACCACACCCUAGCCGAGCCGUGCUUCGCAAGGCGUUCUACGCGCUUCGUGACCUCGGCAUUCGAAUCACGCCGUUUCGGCGGAGCGACCAGUCGUGCUCCAGGACGCCCUACGGACACGUGCACGGCCGCAGCUUGAGCCUGGAGCCGGCGACUCUAGCGAAGCGCAGCGACCUUCUAGCGCUCUCGGACAUAUUCGCCGAACUGGCGACCAACGGAACGGUGGCGGGCGAUGGUGGUGACAUCUAGCGGGAGGAAGCGUGACGAGGUGUCCUGUGGAGCAUCCAGAACCAUUUCAUAUUGCAAAUGCGGAGGAGCAUUGGUUGGCAAGGCUGGCUCGGAAAGCCAAGCGGGUCUAGAGUUUCCGGGCUUCUAUUUUAAGAGCCAGGGAUUGGGAAUGAAUCGGCUAUAGCCCCGCUGGCCGUCAAGGACAAACCAAAAUAUGUUCAACAGACAGGGGAACCAGCACGUGGAAUUACAUAAAUAAGCUAUUGCCAUCGCAUCACCACGCAGCACUUGUAUCCAAUCUACCGUAUAACUGUAGAUAUGUAAUCACUGAGCGAAGUGGUUCAAGAUCUCGCUUACUGCGAUCCAGCAUUGGAGGUGCAUGUGCACGGUGCGGGGGACUGGUGUGUUAUUGCAUGAAGUCAUCGGAUGACCCAUGUGGGGUCAUCCGAUAUCACAUCUUGUUUUGUGCUCACUUCUCAUCUGCAUCAUAGUUUUCGUAGUCUAGAAAAUCAGUUGAAUA